UGAGGAUGAGGCGUGGCGGAAGAUGCGUUUGGCUCUGCAGACACUGCAUCGGGCAGCAGGGGACUCUGGGAGGCUGGUGCAGCCUGAAGGCAUGGCUCUUGACAGCCUUCUAGUAGAAUCUCUGGAAUUGUGCAUCAUCUCCUGGGACAGUCCAGUUUAGUGUCAAGGGCCUCAGAGACCUGGCUCUUCCAAUGCUGAGGCAGAAGAGGAAAGAAACUAACGGGUAUUGAGCACCUACUGUGUGCCAGACCCAGGCCAGGUUCCCCCUACCUCCAGCCAGUCUGUGCAGACAUGUUGCCUGCUGUGUCACCGCGAGCGCAAAGGCUGGGAAGAAGGCCCUUCACACAAUGGACUGGUGUUGCAGGGUGAGAAGCUGCCCCCUGACUUCAUGCCAAAGCUCGUCAAGAAUCUCCUAGGCGAGAUGCCUCUAUGGGUCUGCCAGAGUUGCCGAAAGAGCAUGGAGGAAGAUGAAAGGCAGACAGGUCAAGAACAUGCAGUGGCGAUUUCCUUGUCACAUACAUCCUGCAAAUCACAGUCUUGUGGGGGUGACUCUCAUUCAUCCUCGUCCUCUUCUUCAUCAUCCUCAUCUUCCUCCUCUUCCUGCCAUGGGAACUCAGGGGACUGGGAUCCCAGCUCGUUCCUGUCAGCACAUAAGCUCUCAGGCCUCUGGAAUUCCCCACACUCCAGCGGGGCUGUGCCAGGCGGCUCGCUUGGGAGUCCUGGUGAGGCUUUCCCUGUCUCGGAGCACCACCAGCACUCAGACCUCACUGCUCCCCCUAACAGCCCCACCGGCCACCCACCCCACCCAGCAUCUCUGAUUCCUUCUCACCCUGGCUCCUUCAGCUCGCCGUCCCACCCACACCUGCCGCCCACCACCCCAGCAGCACCUUUCCCUGCCCAGGCUUCAGAGUGCCCUGUGGCUGCUGCCACUGCUACCCACCCCCCAGGGCCAUGUCAGAGCCCCCAUUUGCCCUCCACCAGCAUGCCACUCCUGAAGAUGCCUCCACCAUUCUCAGGGUGCAGCCACCCCUGCAGCGGGCACUGCGGUGGGCCUCUCCUCCCACCACCGAGCUCUCAGCCACUCCCUAGCACUCACAGCAGGGACCCUGGGUGCAAGGGGCACAAAUUUGCACACAGUGGCCUGGCCUGUGAGGCAGAUGAGGGUCUGGGCGAGGAAGAGGAUAGCAGCUCUGAGCGCAGCUCUUGCACCUCGUCCUCCACCCACCCACGCGAUGGGAAGUUCUGUGACUGCUGCUACUGUGAGUUCUUCGGCCACAAUGCGCCGCCCGCUGCCCCGACGAGUCGGAAUUAUACUGAGAUCCGGGAGAAGCUCCGCUCGAGGCUGACCAGGCGGAAAGAGGAGCUGCCCAUGAAGGGGGGCACCCUGGGCGGGAUCCCUGGGGAGCCUGCGGUGGACCACCGAGAUGUGGAUGAGCUGCUGGAAUUCAUCAACAGCACGGAGCCCAAAGUCCCCAACAGCGCCAGGGCCGCCAAGCGGGCCCGGCACAAGCUGAAAAAGAAGGAAAAAGAGAAGGCCCGGUUGGCAGCAGAUGCUGUGACGCAGGUGAAUCGUGUCUCUGGAAGCCAGGAGCCAAGGCCUGCCAGGGAGAGGCUUCUAGAAUGGCCGGACCAGGAGCUGGACCGUGUCAAUAGCUUCCUGAGCAGCCGCUUGCAGGAGAUCAAGAGCACUGUCAAAGACUCCCUCUGUGCCAGUUUCAGCAUGUGUGAGCUCAGCAUGGAUAGCGGUGGCUUUAAGGAGGGGACUAUGGAAGCUCACCCCCAGACUCUAACCCCUUCAGACCUCAACGACUCUGAGCAACAACCUGACAUCAACCUUGACCUGUCCCCUUUGACUUUGGGUUCCCCUCAGAGCCACACAUUACAAGUUCCAAGUGAGCCAGUUCCACCAUGGGCAGAAAGGAGAGACCCUCGCCCACCAUGGACAGAGGUGAGAGGCCCCUCUCCUGGUACCCCUGAGAAUGGGCUGGUCAGAAGACUCAACACUGUGCCCAACCUGUCCAGGGUGAUCUGGGUCAAGACACCCAAGCCAGGCAACCCUAGCUCUGAGGAAAGUUCAAAAGAAGUUCCCAGUUGCAAACAGGAGCUGUCUGAGCCUGUGGCCACAGGUGGGAAGCCAAGAAAGAGCAAGAGACAGGGAAGUCAAGCAAAGAAGAGUGAGGCAAGUCCAGCCUCCUGGCCUCCAGCUGACCCAGAGGCUCCCGCUGCCAAGAGCCAGAUAUCUAGCACCAAGCAGCCAGGCAAGGGCCCAGAGCCUGUCAAAGUGGGCAGUUGUGUAGAACCUGGAGAGGGUAGCCGGGGCAGCCAGCCAGGACCAAGUUGGGCUGACAGCCCCACAGUUGAUAAGAAGGAUAGUUACUGGCAGAACUGGGCAGGCGAAGCCAAGGCACGGACUCUGGAGCAGGAACCUGUGCAGACCCCAGGCCCAGCAAGGCCACAGAGCCUGUCCCAGGGCAAGGGCCGCAGCCGCCGGAGCCGCAACAAGCAGGAGAAGUCAGCCUCCUCCUUGGACGAUGUGUUCCUGCCCAAGGACUUGGAUGGGGUGGAGAUGGAUGAGACAGACCGAGAGGUGGAGUACUUCAAGAGGUUCUGUUUGGAUUCUGCAAAGCAAACUCGUCAGAAAGUUGCUGUGAACUGGACCAACUUCAGCCUCAAGAAAACCACUCCCAGCCCAGCUCAGUGAGCCUUGCCCAGGUCCACUUCAACAGAUCAUCCCAAGGCUCCAAUUCAAGCUGCAGAUGUAAUUCU